AUGAGGAUCCAAAUCAAGGGAGGAAUAUGGAAGAACUGCGAAGAUGAAGUGCUGAAGGCGGCCGUGAUGAAGUACGGCCUGAACAACUGGUCCCGAGUUGCGUCCCUUCUGGUGAGGAAGUCAGCCAAGCAGUGCAAGGCCAGAUGGUAUGAGUGGUUAGACCCAUCAGUGAAAAAAACUGAAUGGAGUAAAGAGGAAGAAGAGAAGCUUCUACAUCUGGCCAAGCUAUUCCCAACACAAUGGAGAACAAUUGCACCCAUAGUUGGAAGAACAGCUAAGCAAUGUUUAGAUCAUUAUGAAUACCUCCUGGAUGAAGCAGAAGGGAAAGUGUACGACAAGAACAAAAAUCCGAGACAUUUACGACCAGGGGAAAUAGAUCCUGCACCGGAGACGAAACCUGCAAAGGCUGACCCCGUGGAUAUGGAUGAAGACGAAAAAGAAAUGUUAGCAGAAGCGAAAGCAAGGCUCGCAAAUACUAAGGGGAAAAAGGCAAAGAGGAAGGCCAGAGAAAAGCAAUUAGAACAAGCGAGACGGUUGGCAUUGUUGCAAAAAAAAAGGGAGUUAAAAGCCGCAGGAAUUGUUUCCACCACGACGGGUUACAAAAAAAAUGAUAAACACAGAAUAGAUCAUGUGAAGGAGAUCCUAUUCGAAAGAAAACCGGCCAAGGGAUUCUUCGACGUGAGUGAGGAACAGUCGCUUACCCAUUUCGAUGAAAAAAAAGAAAGCAAAUUUAAAAGCAUAAAAUCGAUGGACGUGGAUAAUAUAAAUGAUGUAGCAUUGGGUCCGUACGAUCACCACGAUGAGACGAAUGCUUCGGGGAAGAAAGCAUCGUCCAAGGGGAAACGAAAUAAUGAAGAGAAGGACCUCCUUUUGGCCAUCGAAAAUUACGACAAGCAGUACAACGAAUUGAGUCACCUGAGAAAAAGGGUCCGACUGAAUCUACCAGAACCCAUUUUAAACGAAAAUGAAUUGGAAGAAAUAAUUCAAAUUAACAAAGAAGCUAGUUCCUUCAAUAAAAUUAUAAAAGAACAGAAUGAGAAGAACAACCAAAACGGACUAGCCAUUAGCAACAUACUGCCAAGUGUGACGAGCUCCCCUUUUAUGUUAAACGAGAGGGACAAAUUUUCCUCCAUCGGAACCAACUUUUACAGCAAAUCGAUUGCCUUCUCAAGCAAACUAGAUUUUGGCAUACAGAAAGCCGCACAGAGUAUUAUAUCAAGAAAUAUGAACGAACCCAUCAUUGGGAUGGGGGAGUCCAUGCAGAUGAAGCAGCAGCCGAAGAAGCAGCCGAAGCAGCAGCAGGGGGGGGAGGUUGAAGACGAAGUGCCCGACGACAACGUGGAUGACGAAGAAGAGUACUCCCCGAUGCUUCACGACGAACCGGAAAACAUUGCCCAAAAUGUCCAAGCAGUGCGAGAAGAAAUAGAAAGCUGGAAAAAAUUGAAUCCAAGUGAAACCUCCAUCAAAGAGAGAAACCAAUUAAAAGACAAAAUUAUAAAUGACAUUAGGAGCAACAAAAAAAAUCCCAGUCUGUAUGCUCACUCAAUUAUAUCUUACAAGAUUGGAAAAAAUGAGAAUUCCCUUUUGGACAGGAAUACUCUGCUGAGCGAGUUGUACGAUGAAGAUUACGAAGAAAAAAUCGACAGAGCUAAGUUGCUCAUAAAAUCUUCCCUGUCACAUUUGCCAAAAGAGUCCAACGUCAUCGAGUUACAAAUUCCGGAGGACUUAAACGAACAAGAGUCGCAAAUAAAUUAUGGACAAGUUCAGAUAGAAAAAGACAUGCAAGAGAUCGAAAAGGAAAAAAAAUUGGAGCAGCUUAAAAGAGAACAGGAAAGGUUUAAUAGCCAAAAUAAAGUUAUUAGGUGGAAUUUGCCAAGGCCUUAUUUCCUUCCCCAAAUGAACUUAACCCCGUCGGUACCACUGCCCAGCACUCCAGAGGACGACACGUCAAAAGAGGUGGAAAAUGCCGUACGUAACGAAAUGCUCCUUCUGAUCAAAAAUGAUAUGUUUAAUUAUCCAAUGAAAAAUGGCACGCCCAUUCAGAAAAGGGUCCCCCUGGAUAAUGUGGACAAGACCUACAUGAGGAUGGCCCUCCAGUUUGUCCAAGCCGAGUUGCAGAAGAUUACGCCUCCGGAGGGCGAAGUGGGACAUCUUGACGGGGAACAGGCAAAUGGGAUGAAAUCCUCCGCCGAAGUGAACCCCUCUGAUGAAGCCACCUCGUCGCCCAUCCGCCAACCACACAACGUAGAAACAUGGAGUAAAAUAAACGACGAAGUCCUCUUCUGCCCAGCGAAAAACAGCUACACAUUUAUCGAACAUAUGAGCGAACGUGAUAUCAAAGAGAGUUACAAACACACAUGUGAAAAGAUGAACAGGUUUAUUCACAAAAAUGUAGAGCUCUAUAAAAAAACAGAAAACAAAUACGACGUAUACACAAAGGGUUAUGAGCGAAAAAUUAAGGGUUAUAAAAAAUCCUUCGAUUCACAAUUCAACUUGUUUGUAAAUUAUUCGAAUGAGAAGGACGCGCUGAGCGCUCUGCAUGAGCGGGAGAAAGCGCAUGCCCGUGAGCGCAUUCGGGAAGAACGUGAGGAAAAUAAAAAGGAAAUUGAGUAUCACAAGUCACUCCAGCGGCUGUACGUCGAGCUGCUUGAGGACAACAAGCGCUUGCGGGAAGGCGACCCCAGACCAGUCUCCGUCCCGUAG